CAAAAUACAACAACUUCAAUAACUUCAGCCCUCUAUCAUGUAAAAUGAAUAACUUCUUCGUACAUUUCAUGCUCACUUCUAGUCUUCUAGCAGAUUUUCUAAAUAAUGCCUCCUCUAAGUUGUUAAAUUUCUAGACCAUGUCUUCACAAAAAUUGCAAUCACCGUGCCCCUGAAAGAUUUAUGAUAGGCUGACCCCAAGUGUAAACUAGACAAAGAUUUCAUCUUCCCUCCAAUUUUCCAUAGAAAACAAUUGGCAACAAAUAGGUCCAUUUCCUGCCACCAAAUGCCCUCGAAAAAGUCAUUUUCCAUCCAAUGUUUUUAAACUAACAGGGUGACAAUUCAUAUCCAAUUAAAUAUAUAAUUUGGGUUUUUUUAUCUUUUCAUAGUUUCAUUUAAAAAAUUAAACUUCCCUUUAGUUGACGGGCAUUCCAGCCAUAAAAAAAAAGGUUUAAUCUAAUUCCUAAACUCAACUAAUGGUCGAGUAACACAUAUUAAUCUUGAAUGCAUAAUCUAUAUUCUAAACCAUGGUUAUGGUGAAAAAUGGUAUUACUGAUUCAAGGUAUCCUGUUUUUCAAAACAUUGCUAUUGUCAUUUUGCACGUACCUCAGUUUAUAGAAUAUGUUAAUGCCACCCAAUCAAAUCCACAUCUGCAACAACAAAUUGUUAUAGUUUAUUGUUUAGCAAAAAAAAUUUGUUAUAGUUUAUUUGGCUUAGUCUUCUCUUCACACCUGCCUUUGUUUCUUCUUCCAUGUACUUCUCUCAAUCUUUCUAGUUGUUUCUUUGGUUUAUCUAGCACACCAAUCCAUAUCAUUAACAAUUGAUUUUAAUGAGUUUGGCUUGUUCUUCUAUAUUCCCUCUACAUCUCUCUUAUGUUAUCUUUGCAAUGAAUUCUAUUAUCUCCUAAAUAUUUUCCAGCCUAAUCCCAUUUCUGCAACAAGGUAGUUUUUGUUUUGGCAAGGGAGUUUAUAAACACAACUCCUAUUUUCCUCCUUAGAUCUUCCUAAGACUUGUAUAUUUGGUCCAUGAACAAAUCUUUAGUUUCUUAUUCGUGGAGAGAAUAAUUACUAUGGGAAGGAACACUGAAGAACAGAUUGUUCCACAUGCAGGAUCAAAGGCUAUGAAGGAAAGUAAUCGUAACAAGUCCCUCUAUGCUUCUAUACACAAACCACCUAUAGAUAAUGGCAGAUCAAUCAGUAUGGUUGUUAAGUCCGCGGUCUUGACCUUAGAUGGUCAGGCCCAAUCACACCAACAGAAAUGCAAUAUGUUGAACAGUAUGUCCUAGCAAAAUAUCCACAAUAUGCUGGGUUAGUUGGAGGAGAAAAGAUAGACCUCUCCAGUCUUUGCAUCAAUGAGGAGCCCGUAGAGCCCGCGCUUGAUGAUAGGCGAAAGUCCCCAAGGGGUAGUAUCAGAGACCCUUCCACACCCUCCUUUGGAACCAAUCAUCCUGACUUGGAUAGGACCCAGUUGGAGCAUUCAAGCUUGAUUGACAUUCUCACCAAGAAAUCUACCUUUCCUGGAAGUUUUAUCUCAAUCCCUGAAACCCAAGCUGGAAACAAGGUUUUAAAGCACUGUGGAUUGACUGAUGAUGAGUACCUUGUUCUCUUCACUCCAAGCUACCAGGAUGCCAUGAAAUUAGUUGGGGAAAGCUACCCUUUCUUCAAGGGAAACUUCUACCAGACCAUUAUUCGUGAAGAAGAAGACUGCAUAAGAGAGUAUGCUACUUUCAAGGAAUCCAAAUUGAUAGUAGCACCAGAGGAUUGGCUGGAUUUGAGGAUCAAGGGAUCAAUGCUUAGCCAAUACUUUAGGAGGAAGUGUAAGCACAGCCCAAAGGGGUUAUUCUCUUAUCCGGUCAAAGUAAAGGGGACUCGUUAUUCAAUGCAUUGGGUUUCAGAAGCUCAUAGGAACUUCUGGCAUGUUCUGCUUGAUGCAACUGCACUGGUUGUUGGGGAGGAUGUGUUGAAUCUUGCACUUCAUCAGCCAGACUUUGUGUUGUGUAGUGUUGAUAAUACACAUGCAAGUCCUUCAAGGAUCACUUGCCUCUUGGUCAGGAAGAAAACCUUUGACAGUACAACAGCUCCAUCUCAGUCCAAUGAGUGAGGAAAAAAAAGUACUUCACUACUAUCAGGGCGACAGAUCCGACCAAUGAAUUAAUGGUUUUUGAUUGGCAAUGUGUUGUAGAAUAUGUUCAAAUGAUCUAGCAAUAAGAAUACAUUUUAGCUACUUGGACAUUAAAAUUUCCUCGGGUACAAUCUGUAGAUAAAUAACAUUAAUAUAAGAGUGUAUUACAUAUAGAUAAUGAUUAAGGAUCAUUACUGAUGUUGAUCACUCAAAAAGUUAAUCC